GUCCGCGGCUCGCGCCCUGACCGCUCCCGGGCUUCGCGGAAAGAAGAGAUUAACCAAACAAACUGAAGUACAGGACACAGUUUUAGUGAGCUUCACGCUAAGCUGUUUCAGCCCAGAAUGGCUCUGGAAUCCAGAGCAGUUUCAACCCCAGUACCUCAGAAUUCUCAGGAACAAGAGCUAAUACUGGUGAAAGUAGAAGAAAGCUGUUCUUGGGGUCAGAAACUUAAGCAGAACGGGAGUACCCGAUCCUGCCAAGAAUUGUUUCGCCAGCAGUUCAGAAAGUUCUGCUACCAGGAGACACCAGGGCCCCGGGAAGCGCUGGGCCGACUCCAGGAGCUUUGCUAUCAGUGGCUCAGGCCUGAGUUGCACACGAAGGAGCAGAUCCUGGAGCUGCUGGUGCUGGAGCAGUUCCUGAGUAUCCUGCCGGAGGAGCUGCAGAUCUGGGUUCAGCAGCAUAGUCCAAAGAAUGGCGAGGAAGCCGUGACUCUGUUGGAGGAUCUGGAGAGGGAAUUCGAUGAUCCCGGGCAGCAGGUCCCAGCUAGUCCACAGGGACCAGCAAUGCCUUGGAAGGAUUUGACCUGUCUUGGAGCAGCCCAGGAGUUUACACAUAUUCAGCGCCAGCCUUUAAAGAAACAGCUGAAACCCUGGGAACCUUGCCUUUCCCCCAAGAGUGGUUGUGAGAAUAAUGAAUUGGCAACAAAGGACAUUUCAGGAGAGAAAUCACAGAGACUUUCCCAGGAGCCUUCAUUUGGAGGAUUCAGUGAACACAAAAGCAGUUUAGAGUGGCAGCAAGGGAGUGCUCCAGGGGAGACAUUGAGAAGAUCCCCUUCCCAGGGGGCCAGUUUUAGUCCAGUAAUCUUCACACACAAAUCGCUAGGAAACAGAGACCACCCUGAGCCCCAGAGAAACCUGAUUCUAAGCACAAACUCUGUAACGUAUCAGAAAUUUCCUAAAGAAGAGAGACCUUACAGGUGUGACAUCUGCGGGCACAGCUUCAAACAGCAUUCUUCUCUAACACAACACCAGAGAAUCCAUACUGGAGAAAAGCCCUACAAAUGUAACCAGUGUGGGAAGGCCUUUAGUUUGAGGUCCUAUCUUAUUAUUCAUCAGAGAAUCCAUAGCGGUGAGAAAGCUUAUGAAUGUAGCGAAUGCGGGAAGGCCUUCAACCAGAGCUCAGCCCUCAUUAGACAUCGGAAAAUCCACACCGGUGAGAAAGCUUGUAAAUGUAACGAGUGUGGCAAAGCAUUCAGUCAGAGUUCCUAUCUCAUUAUCCAUCAAAGAAUUCACACUGGUGAGAAACCCUACGAGUGUAAUGAGUGUGGGAAAACCUUUAGCCAAAGCUCAAAGCUUAUCAGACACCAGCGAAUUCAUACAGGAGAAAGACCUUAUGAAUGUAACGAGUGUGGAAAAGCUUUCAGGCAGAGCUCAGAGCUGAUAACCCAUCAGAGAAUACAUAGUGGAGAGAAACCCUAUGAGUGUAAUGAGUGUGGAAAAGCCUUCAGCCUGAGCUCAAACCUCAUCAGACAUCAAAGAAUUCACAGUGGAGAGGAACCUUAUCAGUGUAACGAAUGUGGCAAAACCUUCAAAAGGAGCUCAGCCCUUGUGCAGCAUCAGAGAAUCCAUUCCGGGGAAGAGGCUUACAUAUGUAGUGAGUGCGGCAAGGCCUUCAGGCACAGAUCAGUCCUCACGCGCCAUCAGAGAGUCCACACUGUAAAGUGACUUGUGAAUACAUUGAAUACUGUAAAUAUUUCAGUCAGGCUUCUAUCUUUGUUUGUCAGAAGGGUUUCAUUUACUUUGGAGUAAAACUCCACGGAGGUGGUUAUGAAGUACCAGGUCUCAAGUCAUCUGACUACACAGCACUUCCCAGUGCUCAUGCACAUUGUCCCCUGAAAGCUUUUCCUGUGACUAAUCAGAACAGCAGGCAGAAGAACUGUUGCUUCCAGCUUUUCUCUUGCCAUUAGGAAUCCUCAGGAAAUGUGGAAAGUGGGAUUAUAACAUUUAAAUCUCAUUUUCCACGAGACUUAAAGAGGGCACAGCAAUCCAAACUCUUGUCAAUGCAUCUAAUGAUCCACGGGCCAGAUUUGGGGGAUGGCGUGGAGAGUAUGAGGGACAUUUUCUCAGGAAUGCAAAAGGUUUUACUGACCAGUUAAGACCAGUGGCAGGGCAGCAAGUCAUGGGGAACAGUUUCAUCAGUGACUUAUUGAGCCCAGGGCAGGCCGGAAGUGAGACAGUGAAGAGAAAAUACAAGUUAAGUUAUCCCAGCAGUUAUUUUUUGAGUGGCUGCGAUCAGGCACAAGGGGUACAGUAGACAGUAAGCCUGUCUGCAGUUUCAUGGACAAGGCAAAUAGGCAGUGAUACUGGUUCCAUCAGUGCUUGUGUGAUGUUAAGGAGUACCUGACCCAACCUUGGAUCAGGGAGGGCCUCUGAAAAAAAUUACCUGAAGGAUAAGUGGGAGUUAGCCAGGGAGGUAGGCCACCAGGAAGAAAGUCUGGCACAUCUGAGAAAAGGAAAAGGCUGUGUUAAGUAAAGCAUGGCUGUUGGGUUCCUUCUGAAGUAGAUUUCCUGACUAUAAAAGAAACAUGGAUGUAGCCAGUCUUUACUACAGUGCCUGCAGUUAAAACGUGAACCAGUGGAAAAGUUUGUCAAUAAAACCUGGAGUCUUUGGAACACAGGGCGGUAAGGAGCUUUGUCUUGGUUUGUGUGAUCUCGGGGUAAGGGUUAAUAGGUCGUUUCCUUGUCCAUCGGGGGGCCAGAAAGAGCCCAGUCUAGCAGAGUCCUGAGUUUCAGCUCUCCCUUGCAGGCGUAAGGACUUCUUUGGUGCUCUGGUCAGACCUCAGCUUCUAGCUCCCAAGGCUCUGGGCCAGAAGCUGCCAUGUUGCCCUGUUGUCUCGGGCUGUGCUUCCACAAUAGUGCGCACGCCCGCCUCAGGUGCUAAGAAAUAUUUGUCCAUUGAGGGUCUCUUUUUCUUCUCCAAGCACCUCACAUGUGUUCAGUUCUGUCUUUUUAUCAGAUGUAUCUCAAAGUCUUGGGAAGUUUGUCAAAGACCAUGCUAAAGGGAAGUAACAGUACCAGUCAUGGUCCAUCCAGAGACUGCCCUCUUGAGGGACCCAGCAGGAAAUGUCUCCUCAGACAGGUGCUUCUCAGCACAAUGCAGAAGGGUAGAGUAGUUAGCAACAGGAAGACGUUGCUUAAAGCUUCUAAUAGGUCAGAGGUAUAACACACCUUCCCAGGUGGCACUAGUGGUAGGGAACCUGCCUGCUAGUGCAGGAGACAUGAGAUGCAGGUUCAGUCCCUGGGUCGGGAAGAUCCCCUGGAGGAGGGCAUGACAACCCACUCCAGUAUUGCCUGGAGCAUCCCAUGGACAGGAGCCUGGUGGGCUACAGUCCAUAGGGUCACGGAGUGGACACAACUGAUGUGACUUAAGCACAUCACACACCUUAACCAAAGAUACAAACCUUUGGGAAUCUCAUGUCCUGUACAUAGGAAAAAGGAGGGUUUUCAUGAGGAUAAAUAGGGAAGUAAUGCUCCUACUGGGGCGUGAGCUUGUACUAACCAAUAAGAAUGGUGGGAGGGCUACAGCCCAGGCUUGGAAAGAAUGUAAAAAAGGAUCAGUUCCAUGUAACAGAAUAGCAUGAUAAAGCGAUUCAGCUCCUGUUCCUCUUCUCAGAGGCAGACCCCAUCAAACUGAAACUGGUAGAACAAAUGCUAAGUAGGAAUGCUACAACAUAUAUUACAAAAGGCAGAUACUCUUCAUAGGGUUCUUAACGUAUAUUGGUAAGAAACAUAAUAGGUACGUGCAAAGGCUUUGUAUAGAAGUGUUACUUCUCAGACAGCCCAUAUUUUACAGAUGAGAUCUAUGAAGGCUUAGGGUCAUGGCUUACUCAAGAUCAUGUAGCUACAGAGUGGUGAGGUCAGACUGGAAACCUAGGCAGUAGGAAUCCAGAACAUGUCCAUGGAGCCACUUCUCUGUACCAUCUCCCCAUGAAAAGGUCCCCGUAGAAGAAAUAGUACUGAAAUAGGCAAGUCACAAAAGUAUCAAUGCCAAUGGACAAUAAAUGUUAGCCUUGCUAGAAUUAAAGAUGCAUAUUAAAGCAAGAGUUGAGGUGGCACUUUUUUCCCUGUCAUAAAACUUAACAAAGAUUCAGGGAAAUUGGGACUCUGAUGCUGCUGGUGAGGUGUGAAUAGACGCUGUCUGGCAAUCAAUACCAAAAGCCUUAAACGUUGCCUUUUGUUAAAAUUCUACCUGGAAAUGUAUGCUUCAGAAACCAUCAUGAAUGUAUACAGAGUUGU